AAACAACCAAACAAACACAAGCACGUGUCAUCACAAAUUCACAAUACUCGUGUCACUGUUCAAUAGUUCAUACACUACCAGAUCAUUUCUUUUAAGCUUUAAUAGAAAUCUUCCUCCAAAAAUCUUACCUUUUCAUUUUUUUGCCCAUUUUUAAUCUAACAAUUUGGAAUCCUCUUCUUAUUUUUCAGUCACUUCCUUCUCCAAACAGCCUAAUAAAUCCGUUGAUUUAUCUUUCUGGGUGUCAAUGAGUUUUGCUGGAAGUUUAAUUUGAGUUAAGACUUGCCCUUUUUAAUUUUUUUUUGAUUCAAUUGUGUUUUUAAUUUGUUGGGUAUUUAGGGUUUUUGUUUACUUGUUGGGUUUAUCUGGAGAUUGGAUUUUGUUGAGAAUUUUGUUUGGAGUAUAGGGUAAACUGAGGGAGAACGGAGAGGGGCAGCGAGAAAUCGAACCAGGACCUUACAAAGGGAAAGUGGACUGAGUGGAUACAUUAGUACCUGGAAACAAACAUGACCGUUGAGGAAAAUCAACAAAAUGAUGUUUCUGUGCCGAAAGUAUCUGAAGAGAGGACGAAUGAUACUUUCAAAAUCAGAAACAAUGUUAUCGGUAAUGAAGCUAGGAAUGUUAACAUUUCCAAACCGAUAUCCCCAGGAAGUCAACAUAAUAACUUUUUUGAGCUGAACGGUGUUUUAGUAUCUGAAGGGAAGACAAAUGAUGAUUCUGAAAUUAGAAACGAUAUUAUUGGUCAUGAAACUAGGGCUGUUGAGAAGUGUAAAUCGAUUUCUCGUAUGGAAGAUGAGAUAGGCAUUUCGGAUACUCAAAAUGGUGUUGUCAGAUAUGGUACCGAGGAUCUCGAUACAUCCAAACAGAGUUCACCUGUCAAAGACAAGGCUGCUCAAAAUGUCUUGUCCAAGUGUUCUGCCGGUGAAAGAGGUUCUUCGAUGAAAGCUGAGGGACUUGAAACAUUGAGACCGAUUUCCCCUUUAAAGGAUGAUACAUUGUUCAAAUGCUCGGAUCCUGUUGUCGGUUGUUCGGUGAAAGAUGGCUGUGACGGUGCUGAGAUCAGACAUCGUAAGGAUUCGGAUGCUUCCAAAGAGAUUUCUCCUACUGAAAAUGAUAACCAGGUAUCAAAAACAAGGGAUGAUGUUGUCAGCAGAGGAGCAGAGGAUUUUGAUGCUUCUAAAGUGAUUCGAGGCAUGGAUGAUGACAUUGUUGAUUCUGAAAUCGGGAAAAAUGUUGAGGAUUUGGAUGCUUCAAAAGUGUGCUUUCCUUCGGAAAAGGAGAGCUGGUCUGAAAUUGGAAAAAAUGUUGGUUGUAGUGCUGAUGGGUUUGAUGCAUCGGAAAUAAGAUUAAAUGCAGUCAGUACUGGAGCGGAGAGUUUAGAUGCUUCCAAAACUAUGUCUCGUAUAAAAGAUGAUGGAUCUUGUCUUUCUAAGAGCCCAACUACCGCUGAAGAUGUGCGUUCAACUUUGGAAAAUGUUGCGGGUCUUAAAGAAUCUAAAAAGAGCGCCGAAUUGCGAGAGAGGAAAAAAAGCAAGUAUUUGUCCCCCCCUUACGUAAAUCUUAGCAAGGGAGCAAAAGCUUUAUCCGAUGCUCUUGCAGAUGGGGAGGAUGAUAAUCAUAUGUCUGAUAAGCAUGUUUUAUCCCCUCCAGUUCCGAAGAAGAAAAAAUAUACGAGAAAAUCGGUUUCCACAUUUGUUAACCUACAAGAAAUAAGUGCAUCAUCAGCCGAAUUACUCUCAGAAUUGCGUUUGGCGGCUUUAGAUUGUACAUAUCCUUAUGACAACGAACGUUUUGAUCCUACUGAAACUAUUUUUGCUAGAUUUCGGGCAUCGGUAUAUCAUGAUAUGUUGAAUUGUGAAGUUGGUAAGGUAAGCAAGGAGCUUACUGCUGGGAGUAAUGGUGUGGUGGAUAAGAGGCAGAAUCGUCUGAUAGGCAGCUCAAGUGGAAGUAAAUCGCUACCGAAAAAGAGGAAGAAAGAGGGUAAAACUACCGGAGCUGGUGGUGCUUUGGUCGAUAACAUUCAGAAUUUUCAUGCCGCAAAUUCAGAUGGAAAUAAGGGUGGAGCGAAAAAGAAGGGGGCGGAAGAAACAACAAUUGGAUUGGCAAAUGUGGUUUCGAAUAGUCUCUUUAAUGUUGAUGUAAAUGUUGCUGAAAGUUGUUCGUUCACCAUUGAAAAUUACCCGACAGAGAUUGCGUCAAAGGUGAAUAUGAAACAGCAACAGGAAGUGUCUGCUCGAGUUACUGAGGUGCCUAAACAGACAACUCUGGAUUUUUCGCAGGAAACAAUGCAUAUGGUUCCAUUGCCUAAUUUGUGCUUUGAGAGUAAGGAAGCUGUUGGCGUUCGAGAUUUGAAUAACCAAUCUGUCCCACUGGGUGUACCGGUUGCUAAAAAGAGGGGAAGGCCAAGAAAAGCUUUGAAUGCUGAUGCUUCCAAUUCUGAUGGCAAUCCUGAGAAAAAGAAGCGGAGGAGAAGGCGGAAGGAUGGGACAUAUGCUGAUGAUCCAUUCCCUAAUUCGUUUUUGGGCUCUAAUGGAACGAAUGCAAAACCCAUUUCGUUGGAGGUUUGUUUGCGGAAUGUGGGCCCGCACACGCCUAUGUCAGCAGCAGCAGCAGUGGCACGUUUGAACGCAGCAAAGAACAAUCAGAUGUGUACUCCACCGAAAUCUAUGCAGACAGUUGAUGGGACUAAUUCUCCGUCUCUCUUGAUGACUCCUGGAACUCCCGGAACUCCUGGCGAGGCACCGUCUAUUGAACAGAUGAGAAAGAGUCUCGAGUUUAUGACAUCCAUGCUGGAGCAAUCAGGCAACAAUCUCUCUGCUGAUAUGAAAGUGAAACUAGAGACCGGGAUCAAGGGACUUCUAAAGAAAGUAAGCUCUAUUCCUGGCUCAUCCUCAUCUUGACUGAUUGCUCAAUUGAUGGCUUUUGAAAGUAGUUUGCUGAAUUAGUCGUUGCACUUUCCUCCCCAACCCGCCUUAGAUGAAGCUGUGUUGUCAUGUGCCUUAGUUUCCUUUAUUUUGCAUUGUUGGUGUGCUUGAAUUGAAGCAUUUAACUUAUUUUGUGGAAGCUUCAUGUAAUUGGCACAUGAGAGUAGUAGGCAUUAGGUAGUGAACUAUUUAUCAGAACUAUUGUCUGGUUUAUAGUUAUGAGCAGCAAAUUUCUGAACCUCUUAUGUGAUCCUCAUUAAUUGAUAAGCCUAGUACGAGUUGCUCCGUUGUCUUAAAA